CAAGCUUAACAGAGAGGAACACCCUCAGCUGAUGGAUACAAGCCCCCACGCAGCUCUUCUUGACUCUCAACAUUGUAGAGAAUGUCCCAGAAAUUGUGGAUAGAAAGCACUUUCACCAAGAGGGAAUGUGUCCAGAUACGUCCAGAGUCAAACCGCCCCAGAUGCUUUCCAGGAUGCCAGCAGUUGGUGAGAUGCUGCUGUGGUCGGCUUGUACGGCAGCAUGCUGGUUUUACUGCCAGUCUGGCCAUGAAGUACUCCGACGUGACCCUGGGUGGGGCGGCAGGGGGUGGGGGUCAGUCAGAGAUGGAGGAGUGGACUGUGGACAAACACACACAGGAGAGUCCUACAGACGCUUAUGGCAUCGUUAACUUCCAGGGGGGGUCACACUCUUACAGAGCCAAGUAUGUGCGUCUGUCCCAUGACAGCCGGCCAGAGAGUAUUCUGCGGCUCAUGCUGAAGGAGUGGCAGAUGGAGCUUCCUAAGAUCCUCAUCUCAGUCCACGGAGGCAUCCAGAACUUUGACCUACACCCUCGCAUCAAACAGGUGGUGGGAAAGGGCCUGAUCAAAGCUGCGGUCACCACUGGGGCGUGGAUAUUGACGGGGGGGGUGAACACAGGUGUGGCCAAGCAUGUGGGGGAUGCGCUGAAGGAGCACUGUUCUAGAUCAUCGAAGAAGAUCUGUACCAUCGGAAUCGCUCCCUGGGGUGUCAUCGAGAACCGCGAGGACCUCAUCGGGAGAGAUGUGGUGGCUUCCUACCAGACAUUACAGAACCCCCUGUCCAAGCUGAACGUGUUGAACAACCACCACUCCCACUUCCUGCUGGUGGAUGAUGGGACGGUGGGGAAGUAUGGAGCAGAGGUCAAACUACGCCGCAAGCUUGAGAAACACAUCAACCUGCAGAGGAUACACGCGCGUAUUGGUCAAGGUGUUCCGGUUGUAGCGUUGAUAUUGGAGGGGGGUCCCAACGUGAUUCUGACUGUGUUGGAGUACCUUCAGGAGAGUCCCCCUGUCCCUGUGGUUGUCUGUGAGGGGACUGGCCGCGCUGCUGACAUACUGGCCUAUGUCCACAAACAGACAGAGGAGGGGGGGGGUCUUCCUGAUGGACUGGAGAUGGACAUCAUCACUACAAUCAAAAAGAUGUUCAACUUCAGCCACAGUGAUGCCAGCCACCUCUUCCAGACCCUCAUGGACUGUAUGAAGAGCAAAGAACUGAUCACUGUGUUUCAUAUCGGUUCUGAGGACCACCAGGACAUUGAUUUAGCCAUACUAAGGACACUGCUCAAAGGCACCAACAUGCCUGCGUUUGACCAGCUGGUUCUGACUCUCGCCUGGGAUCGGGUGGACAUUGCCAAGAAUCAUGUGUUCGUCUACGGACAGCAGUUACUGGUGGGUUUGUUGGAACAGGCCAUGCUGGAUGCCUUAGUGAUGGACCGUGUGGAUUUUGUGAAGCUACUGAUAGAGAAUGGAGUCAGCAUGCACAGGUUCCUUACCAUCACACGGCUGGAGGAGCUGUACAACAUGAAACAAUCCCUAACCAAUCCCACGCUCUUCCACCUCAUAAGGGACGUCAAACAGGGUAACCUCCCCCCUAACUACAAGAUCACACUGAUUGACAUUGGCCUGGUGAUAGAGUACUUGAUGGGCGGGACGUACAGGUGCAACUACACCAGGAAACGCUUCAGGAUCUUCUACAACAACCUCCAAGAGUCUUUAAAUAUCCAGCCAGACAAGAAGGAGAAGACCAAGCACCUCAUCAAGACUGCACAGCCAUACAAACCCAAGUUGGAGUUGGCAACGGACCAGUCCAAUAAAAAAGCCAGUGAGGAGAUGACUGAUAGUUUUCCCUACCCGUUCAACGAGCUGCUGGUGUGGGCCGUCCUGAUGAAAAGGCAGAAGAUGUCACUGUUCUUCUGGCAGCAUGGCGAGGAGAGCAUGGCCAAGGCACUGGUGGCCUGUAAGCUCUGUCGUUCCAUGGGCUACGAGGCCAAGAAGAGUGACGUGGUUGACGACACCUCGGAGGAUCUGAAAGACUACUCAAAUGAAUUUGGCACCCUCGCAGUGGACCUCCUAGAACAGUCGUUCAGACAGGAUGAAACCAUGGCAAUGAAGCUGCUGACCUAUGAACUGAAGAACUGGAGUAACAGCACCUGUCUGAAGCUGGCUGUGUCGUCACGGUUACGGCCCUUUGUGGCUCACACCUGCACCCAGCUACUGCUUUCAGACAUGUGGAUGGGAAGACUCAACAUGAGGAAGAACUCCUGGUACAAGGUAAUCCUCAGUAUCCUGGUACCUCCUGCGAUCCUCCUCCUGGAGUAUAAGUCCAAGGCAGAGAUGUCCCACAUCCCUCAGAGUCAGGUCGCCCAUCAGAUGACCAUGGAGGACAGUGAACACAACCUCCAGAACACAACUGAAGACAUACAGAUGGACGUGUUCAAGGAGGCGAGGGCGAAUGACAACGUGGUGGUGAAGGACGAGGUGGAGAUACAGGUCCGCUCCCGAAGACUUCCUCUGACCACCAAGUUCUACGCCUUCUACCACGCCCCCAUCGUCAAGUUCUGGUUCAACACGCUGGCGUAUAUGGGCUUCCUGAUGCUGUACUCGUUCGUGGUUCUGGUCCGGAUGCCGGAGUUUCCAUCUCCUGAGGAGUGGGUGGUCAUCCUCUACAUAUUCACUUCCGCCAUUGAGAAGAUAAGAGAGAUGUGUCUUAUGUCUGAAGCUGGGAAGAUUAGCCAGAAGAUUAAAGUGUGGUUCAGUUACUAUUUUAACCUCUCAGACUUCUUGGCUAUUGUCACGUUCUUUGUUGGCUUUGGAAUAAGGAUGGUAGAUGAAGAUGUGAUUGUCCCAGGACGGACUGUGUACUGCUUGAAUAUCAUUUUCUGGUAUAUAAGACUCCUAGACAUACUGGCAGUCAACCAGCAAGCAGGACCAUAUGUGAUGAUGAUUGGUAAAAUGGUGGCCAAUAUGUUUUAUAUUGUGGUGAUCAUGGUGGUGGUGUUGUUGAGUUAUGGUGUGCCCCGGAAAGCCAUCCUGUACCCAAACGAGGAGCCCAGUUGGAAGCUUCUCAAAGACGUGGUCUUCCAGCCGUACUGGAUGAUGUAUGGGGAAGUGUAUGCGUAUGAAAUUGAUGUGUGUGUCAAUAAUAGUGAUUCAAACCACCUAUGUACAAAUACAGUGUGGAUCACUCCUUUACUACAAGCAGUCUACCUCUUUGUCCAGUACAUACUGAUGGUUAACCUUCUCAUUGCCUUCUGCAAUAAUGUGUACAUCCAAAUGAAGUCAAUCAGUAAUCUGGUAUGGAAGUAUCAGCGGUAUCAUUUUGUCAUGGCCUACCAUGAGAAGCCAGUCCUCCCUCCUCCACUCAUCCUCCUCUCCCAUCUCGUCUCUUUAUUUUCCUGUGUCUGUUGCAAAAAAAAGAACAACAGCCACUCUUACGGACCAAAGUUGUUUCUAACUGAGGAGGAUCAGAAGAAGCUCCAUGACUUUGAGGAGCAGUGUGUGGAGAAGUACUUCCAUGAGAAAGAUGACAAGUUCCACUCAGGGAGUGAAGAGCGCAUCCGCCUCACCUCUGACCGGGUUGAGACCAUUUGUGUCCAGCUAAAGGAGGUCGGUAAUAAGGUGAACUUUAUCAAGCGUUCCCUACACACACUGGACUCCCAGAUCGGCCACCUCCAGGACCUGUCAGCUCUGACUGUGGACACCCUGAAGACGCUGACUGCCCAAAGGGCCUCAGAGGCCAGCAAGGUGCACAGCCAGAUCACUAGAGAGCUCAGUCUGCCCAACUUUGCCCAAAAUCUGGUUCCCCCCUCCCAGGACUCUACCCACUGCGCUGAGCCCCAUUCUAAGGGUGCCAAGCAGAGUGUGGGAGCCUUCUUGGGUUCUUCCUCUCCCCAGGCAUCUCGGGUGAUGGAGUGGGCCGAGUCUCUGUUAGGAUGUGCAAUGGAAUCUGGAUUAGAGACACCGGGGCUAGGGAGUAGGCCUCUUGGGAUGGAGCUUGACCCACAUCCCCCACAGACGCUCAGCCCCCCGGAGCAGGAAGGUGGUUGGGCGUGGCCGGCGCAGCGUGCUACUGCUGCUGUAGAGGCUGAAUCAUCCACUGGUGAAAGUAGCACAGCCAGUACCAGUCACAGUGCCAGCUCCCUCUGCCCUGCUUCAGUGUCCUCUGUCAGUCUUACGGAGUCCUUUACCCAGCAGGAGCUGACCCUUUCAGAGAAGCCAGGCCUCUCUGACUGUCCUUCCAGCCUUCUCAACGUCCCAUGUCCUGAGGCUGGCUUCUAUGUCAGCUUAACCCCCUCUCAGCCCUUUGGCUCCAGCCACCCACGACUCAACUUGGCUCCGUCAGGCAAAGACAGUGCUACUGUUGAUGUUAGUGCAUCAAUUGGUAAUUACAAGUGUGAGGAGAAGGAAGAAGUGAAGGAUGACAAAGAGGAGGCCACUAGCUGCCUGUUCCCCAUUGUUGUUGUGUCCAAGACCACUGACAUCGCUCGGCCCAUUUGCUUCCCUGCUACCCCUGAGGAAAGGCUGCACAGGGGUGGGAGGAGUGAGUUUGAAAGGAGGAGUGAGAGAGGAAGGGCAAAAGAUAGGUGUGAGAUGGAGAGGCGAGCACAAGGGGAGGGGUAUGAGAAUGGAGCGUUUUGCAAUGACGAGGGAGGACCUGAAGCAGUUCUGAUAGGUGAGCAGGGAGGAAAAGCUGAGGUACCAUUGGCUCUUGAAACCACCCGCGAGGCCAUCCUCUUGCCACUGUCUGACGCUACCAGGAACAGGCCAUUCCCAGGCUGUCCCCUGACCACUGCAGUGGUGCCCAGGAAACAAUGUGACAAGAGGACCAGAGAAGGGAAGUCUUCAGACCCUGGAUUUCAGUCAGGGGUUCCUCCUGGAAGAGAUGGAAGGGACCCUACUGAAGACAGAGGUCAUCAAGAAAAUCUUCACUUGGACCUGCAGUGCUCAUUCCCCAAGGACAUCUCCUCCUCAGCCUCCUCUUCCAGACAGCUCAGCCCAGCCACAUGGCCCAGAGAACAGGAGAGGGUUCAGGUCAAGUCCACCCAGGCCAGCAGUCUGGCACCAGGGGAGGACUCUGCACUAUAUGCUCCAGCUUGUCUCAGUAGACAGGGGAGCAGGAAGGAAGCAAUUGGUUCCCCUUUCAAGGCAAUGGAAAGCUACCAAUACUCAGCAGUAGAGCGUAACAACCUGAUGAGGCUGUCUCAGAGCAUCCCCUUCACUCCAGUGCCACCUAGAGGUGAGCCAGUGACCGUUUAUCGUCUGGAAGAGAGCUCUCCCAACACCAUCAACAACAGCAUGUCUUCCUGGGCUCAGAAAGGUCUCUGUGCCAAAAUAGAAUUCCUCAGCAAGGAAGAGAUGGGAGGGGGGCUGCGAAGAGCACUCAAGGUGCUGUGUACGUGGUCAGAGUAUGACAUUCUGAAGCCAGGUCACCUGUACAUUGUUAAGUCCUUCUUACCAGAGGUGGUCCAGACCUGGCAGAGCAUUUACAAGGAGGACACUGUGUUGUUGCUUUGUCUCAGGGAAAUUCAACAGCAGAGAGCUGCACAGAAACUGACAUUUGCUUUUAACCAAAUGAGGCCCAAGACAAUCCCUUAUUCUCCCAGGUUUCUGGAGGUAUUUCUGUUGUACUGUCACUCAGCAGGCCAGUGGUUCGCCAUAGAGGAGUGCAUCACUGGAGAGUUCCGGAAGUUUAACAAUAACAACGGGGAUGAGAUCAUCCCAACCAACCUCCUGGAAGAGAACAUGCUGGCCUUCAGCCACUGGACAUAUGAGUACACCAGGGGAGAGCUGCUAGUGCUUGACCUACAAGGUGUGGGAGAGAUUCUGACAGAUCCCUCUGUAAUAAAAAGUGGUGAGAAGCGGUCAUAUGACAUGAUAUUUGGUCCUGCCAACCUGGGAGACGACGCCAUCAGAAACUUCCGGGCUAAACACCACUGCAAUUCCUGCUGCAGGAAACUCAAACUUCUCGAUCUGAAGAGGAAUGAGUACACACCAGAAAAACUGACUUUGCCUCAGGACGAACCAUACAACCCCGAAAGCGGAAUAAUCCACUCAGUGAGGCUCAAGGUUUGAUGCUAUUGGACAGAGCCAGAGAGAAUUGGCCAGUGCUAGUAUUCAACUGGCCAUUGCCAGAGAAGAGGAAGAAGUGCUUAAACCACAUUUGAUCACAUUUGAACCUACGGACUGCACUGCAAUGCCAAGAUCCUCCUGUCUGCCCAAAGAAUAGGGAUCAAUAUCUAUGAACUUGUAUCAGAGGCAUUUAAAUGCUUUGGUCGCUGGUUUGUUUGUAGGAGAUCCAUUCGGCCUCUAUUACUCUACUGAAUAUCUAUAGACAAAAUAAAAGAUCCUCCAGUCCUCACAGAGCUGGCGUUCUAUGAAUAUCAGAAAGGAAAAUGUAAGCUUUUCUUUGAAACCAAUGACAAAGCAGGGGCCUCCUUAUGUUUAUUAAUACUAGAAGUGAGGGGAGGGAUAAGUGGGAAACUUUGGGAGGUUUG